AUGGAUGGCAGUAUGCCAGGCUUCUCCUUCACUGUCUUUCAGAAUUUCUUCAAAUUCACGUCCAGUGAGUCAGUGAUGCUAUCUAACCAUUUCAUCCUCUGCUGCCCUCUACUCCUUUUGCCAUCACUCUUUCGCAGCAUCAUUGUCUUUUCCAGUGAGUCAGCUCUUUGCAUCAGGUGGCCAAAGUAUAUCCAUAUACAUAUUUUCCCUUUUUUUUUUUCAGCAGUAAAAAAAAAGCAAAAAGUAUGUGUGUGUGUAUAUAUAUAUAUAUACACACAUGUAUAUAAGUGUAUCACUGUGCUGUACACUAGAAACUAA